CGAUCUGUUGCCUGGCCCUUGUCUUCUGUUGUUACAUUUGGUGUCGCUGCCUACCGACAAAUGAAAAGCCUAUACCCUGCAGUUUUUGAUGGAGACAUAUGGAUCUUCGGGCAGGACUUCAAGGCUUCUGCGCAGUUGAGUGGCGUUCAAGAUCUGUCAGCGAUGGAGCUGCUACUUGAGACGCUGCUGGGAGGUCGGGCGAAAGCAGCAUAUGAAGGUGUGGGCCGAAGUAUGGACGAAUGUUCGACAGGGUCAGGCAAACAGUUUCCAAAGUGGGAAGGACCAUAUAUGGUCACUUCGAGAUGGGGUUACGCAGACACAGUCGCAAUGGCGAACAAUAAGAGGCGCGUGAACGUCAGCGAGCUCCAGAAAUGGAUACAGCGAGACAAGCCAACGAUGACGCCUGCACCAAGUAGAUCAAGCCGACUUCAGUCGCACGUAUUUGACGGGGGGACGAGUGUGGUGAGAGCAGGCUGCUAGCCGAUUGGUUGGCACUAAUCUACGUUAAGGUCUAGGUCACUAAAGUGGGCCGUGAGAAGAUAUGAACAAGGCUGAGUCAACAACCAAUCACAGCAAAGUUAACGUGGCAAAAUAUGAUUCGCAGAUAGAGAACUCUAUUUGUCAAGGAAUCCCGAAACAACCAAUCAGAUGACUGCGCUUGUCUAUAAUAAUGUAGUUGAAAUAUGUAUAAAUACGUGUUGAUUUUCAUAAUAAAACGAUC